AUGGGUCAAACACUCUCUGAACCAGUCACGGAGAAACAUACCACUUCGGUCAUUAGGGGGAAGAAGUUUUGGGUAGGGUUGUCGGAUAUGCAAGGAUGGCGUAUCAGUAUGGAAGAUGCUCAUACCGUCCAUCUCUACCUCCCUCCCACCGACUCAUCGAGGAAAAUUACCCCAUCCCCCGACAUCCCCCAACAGCCAGCCGGAUCAACAGUGACGAACGACAAUGAGGAUGAAGAGGGGAAUGAACAUGCUUUGUUCGGUGUAUUUGACGGUCAUGGUGGUUCAUCUGUAGCGAAGUAUUCGGGUACCACUCUACAUACGAGAUUGGCUGGGUUGGAUAGCUACAAAUCUGGUGAUUUCGAAGCUGCACUCAAACAAGCUUUCCUCAAGACCGAUGAAGACCUAAGAGCGGAUCCAAAUUUCUUCAAUGACCCUUCGGGAUGUACGGCUGUUGUUGGACUCGUUACGAAAGAUGGAAGAAUCAUCGUUGCAAACUCUGGUGAUUCGAGAUCAGUAUUGGGAUACAAAGGUCAAGCCAAAGCCAUGUCAAAUGAUCACAAACCUACCAACAAGGAGGAAACCGCUCGUAUCACUUCUGCAGGUGGAUUUGUAGAGUUUGGACGUGUCAAUGGUAACCUUGCUCUAUCGAGAGCCAUCGGUGACUUCGAAUUCAAACAAAACUACUCCUUGGCACCUGAGAAGCAAAUCGUCACUGCUGAUCCUGAAAUAAUUACUCAUAAGAUUGAUGGAGAGGAAGAAUUCUUGGUGUUAGCCUGUGAUGGUAUCUGGGAUUGUCUAUCGUCUCAACAAGUGGUGGACUUCACUCGAAGGGCCAUAGCGAACGGUGAUGAACUCGGUAAGAUUGCCGAAGACAUGAUGGUCAAAUGUCUCGCUACCGAUUCCGAGACUGGUGGUAUUGGUUGUGAUAAUAUGACUGUUAUCAUUGUUGCUUUGUUGGGUGGCAGAACUCCAGAGGAAUGGCAAGCGUGGGUCAAGGAGAGAGUGGAAAACAAGGUCGGCUACGACACCCCCGAAUCAGUUCCCGACAUCUUUGGUCAGAACCAAGCUAGCUCAGGUCCAGGAAAUGCCCUCUCGAGUUCAGGAUUCAGAGUUGCAGGUGCAGGUGGCUUGGCCAACAUUGCCUCUAUCCUAGGUGCAUCCGGAAUCACCUUCAGACCUGCUUACGAUAGUGAUGACGAUGACGACGAGAUUCAAAUCAUCGGAGAGGAUGGUAAAGGGAUUGAUGUGAAUGCCGAUAAACCUGAUACUGGUCUGAUUGAUGAUAAAGGUGUAGAAGGGAAGACGAAACCCAAGGAUGUGACUGAUGAACUUGAUGAUGAAAAAGCCGAAGAAGCCCUAAAAGCAGAAUCAAAGAAAGGUUCUGUCGAAUUAUUAGAUGAGGAUGGAGAUUCAGCUAUGGAUUCUGGAGACGAGUCAGAUACCACCACCACUGGGGGAGCGGAGAAACCGACGGAAGAACAAAUAACGAAAGCUAAAUCGAUUAACACAUCGAAUACACCUCCAUCACCUAUCCCACCGAGUUUCUCUUCCAUUGGUUCACCAACUGUCCCCACCCCGCAGGCAUUACAACGAUCUUCCCUCCCUUCCUCGUCGAAGGACAAACAGUAUGAUCAGUUGAAAUCUGAUCCUCAAGGCGACGCUCCCAGUGGUGCUGUCAAAGUUGAGGGCUUGAUGGAUACGAGUGAAAACCCCUUGAAGUUUUAG